GCCCGCGCCGCGCGAGGCUGAAGAUGGCCGAGCGGGGAGACGCCGCCUGGUCGGCGCCCAUCCUCUCUCUCGCCAGGAAGGCCUCGCAGACGCUCUCCGCCAACUACCACGGCCACGGCCAUGGGGGGCGGUCUGGGCCCCAGGCCCGGCCCCACCGGGGGGGCCGCCAGGAGCAGCGACAGCGACAGCAGCAACAACAACAGCGCCAACAACACAGACGCCAAUGAGCAGGUGAUGAACGAGCGAAUCAACCUGAUGAACAUGAUGAAGCUGAGCAUCAAAGUGCUCAUCCAGUCUGCAUUGACCCUGGGGAGAACCAUGGACACCGACCACCCUCCCCUCCAGCAGUUCUUUGUGGUCAUGGAACAGAGUCUCAAACAUGGCUUGAAAGCGAAGAAGACUUUUCUCGGACCCGGCAAGUCGUUCUGGGGGCCUCUGGAACUUGUGGAGAAAUUCUGUCCCGAAGCUGCUGAAAUCGCCACGAGUGUUCGAGAUCUGCCAGGACUUAAAACCCCAGUGGGAAGAGGGAGAGCCUGGCUUCAUCUUGCUUUGAUGCAAAAGAAAAUGGCGGAUUACUUGAAGGCAUUGAUUGAUCGAAAGGACGUGUUGAGUGAAUUCUAUGAAUCAAAUGCAUUGAUGCUUCAUGACGAGGGAGCAGUUCUUGUGGGUCUCCUGGUGGGGCUCACAGUUAUCGAUGCCAACCUGUGUUUAAAAGGAGAAGAUUUAGAUUCUCAGGUUGGUGUGAUCGACUUCUCAUUGUACUUAAAGGAUGGAGAUCAGUGCAGUCUGAACAGCAAACAAGAUGCAGAAAUUACAAAAGUUCUAGACCAGAAACACUACGUAGAAGAACUCAACAGACAUUUGAGUGGUACGGUUUCUGAUCUUCAGGUCAAAACGGAUUGCCUGGAAAAAACAAAUGCAAAACUAACGGAAGAGCUUGCAGCAGCCAAUGACAGGAUCAAUUCACUUCAGGCAGAACAAAAUCGAUUAAAAGAGGAAAAUUCGUCAAUCCUUGAAACGAGUGAACGGCGAGUGGAGGUAAGCAGACAAGAUUCAGAGGUAGAGUUGGAAACCUACAGACAAACCCGUCAGGGUCUCGAUGAAAUGUACAAUGAAGUUUGGAAACAAUUGAAAGAGGAAAAAUAUUGUCGAACGCAAUUGGAGCGGGAGCUGGAACUGCAAGAGAGUUUGAAGCAGGAAAUGGAGAUAGCCAUGAAGCUCUUGGAGAAGGACACUCAUGAGAAACAAGACACACUGGUGGCUCUCAGACAACAGUUGGAAGAGGUUAAGGCCAUAAAUCUGCAGAUGUGUCACAAGUCUCAUGACUCGGAUGGGACAAUGCAGCAGAAGACUGAGAUGAUAAGCUGUCUGGAAGAAAAGAUGAAUCGGAUGAUUGUUGCCAUGAAGCAAAUGGAGGAAAGGCUGCAACAGUCUGAGGCAGCCAGGCAGUCAGCAGAAGAGACAACUCAGAAGAUUAAACAGGAAUUUGCAGGCAAGAUUGAGAACCUACAGCAACAGCUCAGUGACCUGGACAAGCAACGCUCAGUAUUGGACUCUGAACUUAAAGCUGAGAAGGAACAGAGACAAAACCUUCAGCAACAAUUGCAACAGGAGAGAGAGGCAACAUCUCAGUUAAAAGCUCAACUGCAGCAAAUGUCAGGGUUAGAGAAGGAAAUGCAAAAGUUGCAGGAUGAGAAAAAACAGCUACAUAAGAUCUGUGAGGAACAGGAACAGGCACUGCAAGAAAUGGGACUGCAUCUUAGUCAAUCAAAAUUGAAAAUGGAGGACAUUAAAGAGGUCAACAAAGUAUUGAAGGGAAAUGCUUGGCUGAAAGAUGAUGAAGCCACAACUUGUAAGCAGUGUGAGAAGGAGUUUUCCAUCUCUAGAAGGAAGCAUCACUGUAGAAAUUGCGGUGACAUCUUCUGCAACAACUGCUCUGGUAACGAGCUGGCACUUCCUUCUUACCCCAAACCGGUGCGAGUGUGUGAUACAUGCCACACAUUACUGCUACAGAGGUGUUCUUCAAAUGCUUCUUGAAGAGAUUGUUACAAGGACAGUUUAGCUCGACUGCAGUAGUAAAGCAGAUAUGCAGGCUGUCAAAAUCUGUUUUUUUUCUCUCCAAAGCUUAAACGUUGACAUCUUAUGUUCCCAUUUAAUUGCCUUGCACAGAAAGGGCUUGCAAUAAGUAAAGAGUCAACGUGUUUCUGUUCAAAGUGGGGGCUAGCGAUUUAACAACAAUUUUGAUAUUGAAAUUUGUAAUAUAUUGUAUAUGGUCAUACACUACUCUUGUUGCACCUGGCCAUCAACACAAACACCAGGAUCAGCUGAUACUGCUAAUAUGGAAAUUCCAUAAUCAAUUUUCCUUUAAAAAAGUGUCUGUGCCAAGUCUGAUUGUGUGUUCAAUUUUAUAAGACUUCAACUUUUUUUAAAAAAGCGAUCUUAUCACAUGUCAGUAUUUGUGAAUGCUUUCAAGUACGACAGGGUUCUAAAAGAAAUGUCUAGAUUUACCAUGUUUCAUGGAUACUUUCAUAAAGCUAUUUUUCUGGAUUUGUGCCUUUGUUGGUUAAAACUAUAGUAACUAUAUUGCUACUUCUAAUACAAUGUAAAACUGGUAUUGCAAACUUAUUUACACUUCUAGAAAUAAAAUUAUACAAAACAUACCAA